AUGAAACUAUUCGGAUUUCUACUGUGUUUUGUGGCUGUGAUCAGUUUUCGGGCAAGUGCAGUUCCGCCGGAGCAGGAUCAAAUACGCACAGCUUUACCCUGGCUAUAUCUUUUGGCAUAUCAGGGAGCCCUUUCACAAGUUCCCAUCGCGAGACCACAAGAUGAGGCAUCCAUGAAGCUGACCCAAUCUGAUGAGAUGGCCAACAGCAACUUGGUACGGGAGCAGUUUCUCCAAGGAAUUCUUCAGGGCUUACAGCAACCUGGAACUCAAUCAAGUGCUCCCACAAUUUCACCCGCUUUGCUGGCAGACAUUAUUGCACAAGCUACUACUACAACAAAAAAGCCGACUGUAGAAAAGGAUAUCAACGGACCAGAUAACGAUGAAGAUGUCGACUACAUAGACUUUAAGAAUGGGUCUCGGAUCAAGUAUGAUUUGGAUGAGGUAGAGCAGCCGGUAAACAAAAUUCUCCAGCGAACAACAAGGCGUUCAAUGGCGUCUCGACCACAAAGCUCUAACAACGUUAUCUACUAUAGAACGCCUGUAAGAUAUGUUUACUAUAGACCUCCUUUAUACUACUACCGAGGCGGCUAA